AUGGCCGCCGCAUUCAGACCAGUAAAUUCGCCGCUGCCUACAGAGGCCAAGGUUGACGACAACAUGACAACGUCGCCGACGACUCCGAGACCGAGCACUGCACCGCAUCCCCAGACGCCGCAACCCGUACCGGAAGAUGUCAAGACGCCGACAAAGGCGACAUUCGGAAGCGGCAGCGGCAGCGGCAGCAGUGGUCUGGCUUCGCAAAAGCCUCUUCCCAGCUCACCAUUUCCACAGGCUGUCCAGGUUCCCGAGAGUGCCGAAAAGGUAAAGACUCCGACAAGGGCCAAUUCACAACACUCGAGAAAGUCAAGAGACUCCGAAGACAUCGACAUGGACGAGUCGGACGGCGAGGGUGAGGAUGGAUCUGACGACGACAGCGUCAACGCCGACGGGACCAAGUCGAACAAGAAGAAGAAGUCGCAACGAUUUUACUGCACCGACUACCCGCCAUGCAACCUGAGCUUCACUCGAAGUGAGCACCUGGCGAGACACAUUCGGAAACACACCGGCGAGAGACCAUUCCAGUGCCACUGCUCCCGGCGGUUUUCCCGGCUUGACAACCUGCGACAACACGCACAGACGGUGCACGUCAACGAAGACAUCCCGAUCGACUCUUUGGCAGCCACUGGCGCGAGAUUCCAGAGGCAGAUGCGCACCGAGCGGGUGCGUCAGCAGGGUGGCAGGGCUCGUUCGUCUACGGCCGGCAGUGCGUCAGGUCCCGUCAGAGGACAUUCCAAGUCGCUCUCGACGUCGAGCAUCGCCAGUGUCGGGCCCAUCGUUCCGGCCUUUAACAUUCGAGAUGACAUGCGCAGACGUCCCCCGCCUCUGGUCAUGGCCGGCGAUCCCCGAUCACGACUGUCUCUUGAGUCGUACCGAAGCGACGGGCCUUACGGAUAUCGCCCGGUCUCCCCGACAGAGUACGGUACACCCACGUCUGCGACCUUUUCUACCGGCCAGAGCAGUCCGCGAUGGGGUUCUGGCAUCGCGUCCCCCACAACGACACAUUCUCGGUCUCAAAGCAUGUACUCGUCGGGCUCAAGAACUCCGGGGCGCCGACUCAGCGUGCCCUCCGGGGGUGCCAACCCUUUCCAAUCGCCGCACGGAGGGCCCGUCAACCGACUUGUCUAUGGCGGUCCCGUAAACGCCUCCAACAACGGCGCCUUCUCCCCAGCCACCAGCAGCCACUUGGCAUCUCCCACGACCCCAACCUCUGGAUGGACCGGCCGACGCGACUCGACAUCGUCCAACGCUGACGAGGCAUGGCGUCGCCGCACCUGGCAUCCCGAUAGCAGGAGCUUCAACACAAACACCAGUCAUCUCAGCAAUGUCUUGACGCCAAGCCAGAUCCAGCCGAACCCGGCGCCGCCAAUCGCCAACGUUUCCAACCAGCAGCAAAAUCUCCGGCUGCCGGGAAUCGAGUCUUUUGAUCCUCUGCCACCGCGCCAGAUCUCGCCCCCGAGGCGUGUCCCGUCCCCCAUGAUGGUCGAUACUGAGAUGGCCCAUCCGCCCGCCCUGCGUCUCAGCUCCGACGCUGCCGUCGAGGACAGGCGGAACGUGGCACAGUGGGAUAUGGGCUUGCACCGCGGCCUGACCCGGCUUGACAUCACCUCCAACACCACUCCGCCCCGCGACAGCGCGGGCGCGUGGGCUAACGAGGCAAACCAAGCCGUGCAGGCGCAGGCGGAGCAAGUGAGGUUGAACCCUCCGACAGUCCGAUUUGAGGUUGAGCCGCCAUCAUACUCCAGCUCCAAUGCUUACAGCCGGAGCCAUCACCACACCAUGUCGAUGCCGUCCAUGGCUUCCAGAGACACAAAGCGACACGGAUGGUAUCACGGCCCCACCAGCAGUCAUGUUCACGGGCCUCGACCCGAGGCGCCCGGACAGGAUCACCGGGGUCCGCACGUGAACAGAAUGGUCCACCCGAACAUGAAUGCAUUUGCGGGCUUUCCUGCCAGACAAGCCGAACCUCAGCCGCCCCAGCAGCAACAACAGCAGCAACCGGGCAUGGACCGAUCGUCCAACCCUGAUCCCCUGAGGCGGCUUGAGGCUCUGGUUGCCGUGGCCACCAGCGAGGGCACCACAGCCACCGCCUACUAA